CCACAGAGUAAAUUCAUUUUAGAAAUCAGUGUCAGCCUUGUGAUACUACUCAGCCACACUUUCGCUGCUUGUGAUGGGUGAGAUAAAAGGGCGCAAGGGCGAAGACAGCGAUGGAAGAUGCUCGAAGCCCAUCGUGCACGGGCCACAAGUGUGGCGGUGACCUCACUGCCCGACUUGUGAAUCAUGGCCGCUCAGAGAUCGAGACCACGACACACGCAGCACAAAAUAUCAUCACCCAGCCUUCACACACGACACACAUCUUCUCAGCAACACGUAUAACACAAGAUGUCUGACGACUGGAACUCUGUCACCAAGAUUGGCAGCCGCGCUCGCGGUGGCGCUGCCGGACCCCGCGAGGCCGUCGUCAAGGGCAAGAGCGCUCUGAACGCCGCCCAGCGCAGCGGCGCCGUCAUCUCGACCGACAAGAAGCAGUUUACCACUGCCAACACCGCCUCCGGCAACACAGAAGGCCAGCGCCUCACCAAGGUUGACCGCAGCGACGACAUCAUCAAGCCCAAGACGGUCGGCACUGUCAUCGGCCAAGCGAUCUCGAAGGCGCGCUCCGAGGCCAAGAACGACAAGGGCACCACCAUGACACAGAAGGACCUGGCCACCAAGUGCAACAGCACGCCGACCAUCAUCGCGGACUUUGAGCGUGGCACUGCGACGCCCGACCAGAAGCUGCUGGGCAACAUGGAGCGGGUGCUCAACGUGAUCCUGCGCGGCGACAAGAUCGGCCAGCCCAAGUUCCCGAACAAGAAGAAGUGAGCGCGCGGUAGACCAGAGUCG